UUAUUUGGUUGUCUUGUCAUGUGUCGAUGUCGUACGGACGUUGUUUGUCAUUGAUUGAUUAAGUCAUUAAAAAUGGUUAAAUCUAAUGACGAAGUUCCUCAAAGUGAAUAAAUCUCAGUAAAACAAUAUUUUUGUUUUCCACUUUAGUAUUUACAUAAUUGAACUAAUAUAUCAGCCCAGAUAUCUUAAAGGAACAAAACCGGGAGUGACGAAUGGGGAUGACUGAUUUUUGUGACUAUAUAAAUUUGGUAGCUGAUCUCCAAUAAUGUACACAACUGAACUACUCAAUCAAAAUUAGUUCAUAUGCCAUUAAAUCUCAUUAUUUGGAACUAAAGUGUGCACAGAUAAAAAAGAAGAUGGAACUUCUAGAUGUUAUGAAAAACUUAACAAUAAAACCUAAUCAAUCAGAUAGUGAGCAACAAUUAUUUAAAUCUGUAGCGGCAGAUAUUGAUGACGUUCCUACUGAAAUUGUUUUUGCCGAAUAUUCUGACAAAGUAUUGCUUAUUAUAUCACAAUUUCAAAAAAUUGGCAGUAUGUUGAUGAUACAAAAAGAUGAAGUCCAUAGUCCUUUGGGUUCAAAUGAUAUUUAUACAACAAAAGUUAUUUUUGGUGCUACAGGAGAGGAACAACAAGUUGCAGCAAGGUAUUUGGCUGAAGCAAUUCAUAUUACAAAGCCUUUGUGCAUAUUCAUUAACCUCAAGUCAUAUGACAUUGAGACAGUAAAGGCUUGCAAGGACAUUAUACUGGAUAUAAAAAAAGAAGAAAAUAACUAAGAUGGCUCUACAAGAAGCAAAAAGAUUUAAACCUGUUCAUAAAUACUAUGGCCAACUCGUCCUAGGUCCACCUGGUGCUGGUAAAACAACAUACUGCUCAAAAAUGGCACAGUUGUUACAAAAAUUUGGUAGAAAAGUCAUUAUUGUUAAUUUAGAUCCUGCUAAUGACCUCAUGUCAUAUGAACCUGAUAUAGACAUACGCAAAUUGAUUGAUUUUGAAGAAGUUAUGGAAAAGAAAAAAUUAGGACCUAAUGGAGCACUGCUGUACUCUAUGGAAUAUCUAGAAAAAAAUAUAGACUGGCUCUUAGGUCAGAUAGAAAAUGAAAACUGCACUAACUUCAUAUUUGAUUUGCCUGGUCAAGUGGAACUUUACUGCCAUCACCAAAGCUUGAGCAAUAUUUUUUCUAAGCUCACUACUGAAGAAAAUCUGCAGCUGUGUGUGGUACAUUUAGUUGAUUCCCACCAUUGCUCGGAUGCUGGAAAAUUUAUUGCUGCAUUGAUGUUAUCCUUGAGUGCAAUGUUGAAAAUAGGUUUACCACACAUAAAUUUGCUAACCAAAGUAGAUCUUUUAAAAAAACAUGUUAAUAAAUUACAUUUUGGUAUAGAUUUCUACACUGAAGUUUUAGAUUUAACUUAUCUUCUAGAUUGUUUAGACACUGGUACUUUUACAAAUAAGUAUAAAAAGCUUAAUGGUGCCUUUGUUUCUAUUAUUGAAGAUUAUAGCUUAGUAAGUUUCCAGCUUGUCAAUGUAAUGAAAGAAGGAAGUUUAGUUAAAGUUAAGAAUUUAGUUGAUAAAGCCAAUGGUUAUGUAUUUAAGGCUGAUGAGGGAAGACAUGUGACUAGUAUGCUGGCAUGUGCCAUGGGUGUCGAAGAACCAACUGAUUAUGAUCUUACAGAGUUCUAAUAAAUUGUAAUAACA